GGCCGCCCGGGAGGCCAGCCGCAGCACCUCGGCCUGGGCGCGCGAGGGCCCCGAGACGGAGGCGCUCAAGGACGCCAAGGUGGCGCUGGCGGAGGUGCUGGCGGACAUGGACCAGGCCAAGCUGGAGGCCAAGCGCGAGGCCGCCGAGCUCCGCCGGUGCAUCGAGGCCGCCGAGGCGGAGAAGGCACGUCUCCUACAGGCUGCCGAGGAGCCGUACCAGGCGCCCGCGUCCUUCCGUGCUUCCGUGUGGCGGCUGCUGAAGGUCGCCGCCAGGGGUGAGGGCGCGGACCUGUCCGCGUCCCCGCCGGCCACGGACGACGAGGCCCUCCGGCGGCGAACCAGCGCCGCCGAACAGAGCUCGUAGAGGAAAAACAGACAAAUGCAGGCGAGCGCGCGCGCGCGCGCUGGCCGCCCUCGCGGGCCCGCAAUGCCGCCCGCCUCGCGGCGGCGCUACCAGACG